CGUUCACUGGGCUGUAGUUCCGUCAUCUCGCGCGUCCCCGGGUCUACGGGGGGCCAAUGUUGAUUUGGGCGAAUUCUCGUCGAUGUCUGGGAAGAUUUGAUUUUUAAACGGCCGAGUCGGCUAGUGCCAAGUGGCAGCCUUUCGACUGAGAACACCGCAUUCCUGCCUCCUGUGUUACUGUGAUUUUUUUUAGAGGCUGGGGUGAAGGUGGGAAGCCAGGGGGCCUCGCUCGGUGGGGGCUGCAAGGAGGCUCAGGAGAAGACUGGAUCCUCCGUGUUCAGGCCGACAGGGCUCUGCACGAUCUGGGAAGCCUCAGCGGCCGAGACACAUCACCUAUCCGAGAUUUGACGCUCGAUAUCACCUCGGGAAACGAGCGGCUGCACCCUGCACUGCAUCAGCAGCCGACAGCCUGUUCAAGAUCAACACUUUGUUCGCUCCGGCUGGAUUUAGGCAAUACUGUCGAUUCCUAAUCGAGCUUAGACCUGCUUAACGGGGCCCAAUAGCGACGGAUCGCUCCUGGACAAGUUGUCAUCAUGGGCAACGCGCCCACGGCCAGGAAGGGCAGCGAGAUGGAAAGCGUCAAGGAGUUCCUUGCUAAAGCCAAAGAGGACUUCCUCAAGAAGUGGGAGAACCCCGAACAGAACACUGCUUGCCUGGAGCAGUUUGAGAGGUUGAAAACUCUGGGCACAGGCUCAUUUGGGCGUGUUAUGCUGGUGAGGCACAGAGAAACGGGACAGCAUUACGCCAUGAAGAUCCUCAACAAGCAGAAGGUGGUGAAGCUCAAGCAGAUAGAGCACACGCUGAAUGAGAAGAGAAUUCUUCAGGCCGUCAACUUUCCCUUUCUGGUGCGGUUAGAGUACUCCUUCAAGGACAACACUAACCUCUAUAUGGUGAUGGAGUACGUGCCAGGUGGAGAGAUGUUUUCCCAUCUACGAAGAAUUGGCAGAUUUAGUGAGCCUCAUGCUCGGUUCUACGCUGCUCAAAUUGUUCUGACGUUUGAGUACCUGCAUGCUCUGGACCUGAUUUACAGAGACCUGAAACCUGAAAACCUUCUCAUAGACCAACAGGGCUACAUACAGGUGACAGAUUUUGGCUUUGCCAAACGUGUAAAGGGCAGGACUUGGACACUGUGUGGCACUCCGGAAUAUCUGGCCCCCGAAAUCAUUCUCAGCAAGGGGUAUAACAAGGCAGUGGACUGGUGGGCGCUGGGCGUACUGGUCUAUGAAAUGGCAGCAGGUUACCCCCCUUUCUUCGCUGACCAGCCUAUUCAGAUCUAUGAGAAGAUUGUAUCAGGGAAGGUGCGUUUCCCAUCUCACUUCAGCUCAGACCUGAAGGACCUUCUGAGGAACCUGCUCCAGGUUGAUUUAACAAAACGCUAUGGGAACCUCAAGAACGGGGUCAACGACAUCAAAGGACACAAGUGGUUUUCAACCACUGACUGGAUUGCCAUUUACCAGAAAAAGGUGGAAGCUCCGUUCGUUCCCAAGUUUAAGGGUCCCGGCGACACCAGCAACUUUGACGACUACGAGGAGGAGGAGAUUCGCAUUUCCUUCAAUGAGAAAUGUGCCAAGGAGUUUGCUGAGUUCUAGAGUGAGCGAGAGAGUGAAUGAGGGAGGGAGUCGAUGAGGAAGCAGGGGGAGUCAGAGCUAGGCUGGUCAAGUGGGAGAUGUAAGAAGGAGCGUACCGUCUCCUGUCACAAUCACAAGCACCAGCUGCAAAAAGAGGGGAAAGGGUAUUGAGAGGCGAUAAAGAGCGAGAAGACUGAUUACCAGCAGUGUUGCCUUUUUCUGUUCUACUUUCUUUAUGAUUCUAUCUCAUGUUUGGAUCCCUUUAUAAUGAAGGUGUGCUUCAAAUUCAUAGAUGUGGGGAACCCCUCUUGUUUAGAAUCGCCGCAACACAGUUUCCUCCCUGCUGGUAUUGUUCCGUGUUCCAUCCUUCACAUUUGCGGCCCAGGAGAGGCGUUCAUCUGUUGGUCAUACGUGAAGCCCACUGAGACUUGCGCAAGCCGAGGUCUAAAGAGUGAUUUUUUUUCAUUCACAUUGAUAAUUGGCUGGCUGCCUUUUUUCCCUGAUAAGCGAAAGAGGUUUCAUCAAUCAAUCACAUCCAGACAAACAUUCAGCUUGAAUGGCUUUAUGAUUUGGAAACUAUUCUUUUUUUCUCCCCCUCGAGAGCAACCCUUACUCUGUAUGCUUUUCUAUUGACCGGCAAUGGAAAAACAAACCAUAUGAUGCCGUCAGACAGGAAAGUCACUCAUGCUGACUAUGUGACAGUAUUUAUUCUCAUUGUUAGCUUAGCAAGACUUUGUCCAUCUCCACAAAAAACACUUUUAAUGUUUAAAUGUGUCUCCGCUGAUAUCAUGUCACGCUAACACAAAGAAGUGUGGACAAGGGAAUGCAAAGUCCGUGUUUUAAUGGUGGAAGGAACGCCGUCACAUGGUAUCUCAGGUUUGAACAUAACACUCAAUGGGGAUAUUCGAUGAGCAUAACUAAUGACAUGGAAAGUUCAAGCUCUGGUUGGAAUUAAAAGGAACUAAAGGGAAUUUUUAGAUAUUUGAUUAGUGUCUUCCACAAUUUUGCCCUUCCAUUAAGUUUUGUGACUGGACAAAACCCUGUGCUGUCUACGCUCAGCGCUCAUCUACCGGCAAUGUUGGUUCUGCAUGUUUUGCCCUGAAAGAGACCGUCUGAGGCAGACUACCUCAAACUGCUUCUGGAUCACCAGAGCACUUUGAUCUGUCAUUGAUGGUGGUCUUAUUUGUGUCCUUUGUUUUGUUUUGUUUUUUUAAAUAUCCCAAGCCUGUUCCGCUUAUCACUUGAAAUGUUGAACUGUGCGGUCCAUCACCUCUUUGUUUUAUGUUUUUUUUUAAUCCAAAAUGUGUUUUCAUGUGGUGACGACAAUGUAAAACUAAUGACCAUACCAGUAAACCAGCCAGGUAAGGGAAGAGCGCCUUUUUGUUAGAGGAUAACAUGGUUCCUAGUGCACUGUACAACCUGCCUAUUUCAAGUACGUACAUGACACAUCUGGUCAAUGCCUCUUUUAGCAAGUAUUUCAGCAACAUGCAGCACGGUGGUCUUUUUAGCAUUUGGACAUUCAGGAAUUCUAAAAAAUAAAAUAUGUUGUUUGCUUUCAAAUGUCGAAGCCUUUGAAUAUUAUUUUACAGCCGCAUUGUAGUUG